AUGAGCAACAAUUUUGCAUCUUCCAGUAGUAAUGAAACUUCACCAGUAAAGAAAGGCAGUGUGACAACUGUAGCAUCAACAUAUUUUUCUGAACAAAUACCCAUUCCUGAUGCUGAUAACUACAAGAUGUUUAGUUUCCGUAAACUAUGGGCGUUCACUGGACCAGGGUUUUUAAUGAGUAUAGCUUAUUUAGAUCCAGGUAAUAUAGAGUCAGAUUUACAGUCAGGUUCAGUUGCUCAAUUCAGGUUAUUAUGGGUAUUAAUGGGUGCAACAAUAUUGGGAUUAUUAAUGCAGAGAUUAGCAGCUCGACUAGGUGUAGUCACAGGAAUGCAUCUAGCAGAGGUGUGUUACCGUCAGUACCCCAUAGUACCACGUCUUUUAUUAUGGCUAAUGGUAGAGAUUGCUAUAAUUGGUUCUGACAUGCAGGAAGUUAUUGGAACCGCCAUUGCCAUUUAUCUUUUAUCAGAUGGAAAAGUGCCUUUAUAUGCAGGAGUAAUCAUCACCAUAGCAGACACAUUUACAUUUUUACUCUUAGAUAAAUAUGGUCUGAGAAAACUAGAAGGAUUUUUUGCCUUUCUUAUUUUAGUCAUGGCUGUAACAUUUGGAUAUGAGUAUAUAGUUGUAGCACCAAACCAAGCACAAGUUGUUAAAGGUUUAUUUGUACCAUAUUGUGAAGGUUGUGGUUCUAAACAGUUGUUACAAGCUGUAGGAGUUAUUGGUGCUAUUAUCAUGCCUCACAAUAUCUAUCUACAUUCUGCUUUGGUCAAGUCUCGUGAAGUGGAUCGAUCUAAAAGACCAGAAAUUCGAGAAGCCAAUAAAUAUUUUUUAAUCGAGGCCAUUAUUGCCUUAUUCAUAUCAUUCCUUAUCAAUGUGUUUGUUGUGGCAGUUUUUGCUGAAGGAUUUUUUAAUCAAACAAACCAUGAUUUAUUUGAAAAGUGUGAAGCUCAAGGGAAUCCCCAUGCAUCAGUGUUCAAUAAUACAGAUCAAGAAAUUUCUGUUGAUAUUUACAAAGGGGGAGUAUUUUUAGGCUGCAAGUUUGGUAUAGCUGCCAUGUAUAUUUGGGGUGUAGGAAUAUUAGCAGCAGGUCAAAGUUCAACUAUGACUGGAACCUACACUGGACAGUUUGUAAUGGAGGGUUUUCUAAAUUUAAAAUGGAAACGAUGGCAGAGAGUAUUAUUAACAAGAACUAUAGCAAUAUUACCUACUGUUUUUAUAGCUAUAUAUGAAGGCAUAGAAAAUCUGACUGUGAUGAAUGACUUAUUAAAUGUUUUAAUGUCUUUACAAUUACCCUUCGCCUUAUUACCAAUUCUCACUUUUACUAGUGCUAAAGGUCUAAUGGAUGAGUUUGUCAAUGGAAGAACAACAAAGAUUUUAACUGCAUUAUUAGCUAUAGUUGUGAUAGCUAUUAAUUUAUUUUUUGUGGUGGAAUAUUUAGAGAAACUACCUGAUCAUUGGGCAGCAUAUCUGGGUGUAGCUAUAGUGGUAGCAUGUUAUUUAUUAUUUGUUUUGUACUUGGUAAGUUUAUGUACCAGCUAA